AUGCUGAAGUUCUUCUCUGCGCGGGAUGACGAGAACGAAAGCCUUCUGGGAGCGAUAACUGAGGAUGAAGGAGACAAUCCGUCUCUGCAGGACACCAAGCACCACUGGCUGAACAGGCCCUGCCUCCUGGUGCUCAAAGAUGGGGACGUGUCGAAACCGGGACUGGGCUGCGGACAAAUCAGAGCGGAGUCUCCAUCCAAAGCCGCCUCGGAUGCAACGAUCAGAAGCACAUUCGGGCCGUGUGAGCAGAAACCGUACGAGUAUCCCACCAAAACAGCUUCGCACUCCCAGCUGGAGGAAGGCAGCUGCACUGUGACCGCCAUCUCCACAUGGGGCGAGCGGGAGGCGUCCUCCAGCCCUCUGGUGCUGAGCCCUGCCGAGGCCGCCUGGCCGGAAGAUGAAGAGGAGAAGCCCCAGGUUCUCCCAUCGAAGGAGGACUCGGUGAUUGAGGAGAAGGAGGUGGAGGAAAGCGGGCAGCAAGAGCAAACCUGCAGCUCGGAGGCGACUGCAGCAGCUUCACCCGAGGAGACUUGUGGGAAGGAGGCCAGGGAGCUGCAGGUGAAGACGACCAGAUCUGAUGAAGGAGAUGAAACCAGCAAGGCCCAGGCAGCCAGUGGGGAAGGAGCGACGGGCGAGUGUGCAGCUUCUCCUGUGGAUCCUGAUAACGAGUCCCAGACCAGCCCCAUCGGCAUCCUGUCCAAGGAUCGAGGCUCCGUCCUGGGGGAGGUGGCUCCGGUGUGGAUCCCUGAUGCUGAAGCUCAGGUCUGCAUGAAGUGUGGCGUCAAGUUCACGUUCACCAAGAGGAGGCACCACUGCCGGACGCCUCCCAGGGGGAAAAGGAGGGUGUGGUUUGCAGAUGAAAUCCUCGCCAACAAGCAGUCAGAGUCUGCUCCGACCACGCCGGUGAGGGGACCCUCCUUCUCCCCGCUGAUGAGGCGAGCGCUGGGAGGUCCGGCGAGAAGUCCUGUGGGUUCACCGCAGCUCAGGAGAAGCUCGAGGCCGCAUGGGACGUCCAUCAGCGAGGCCUGUGGUCCUUACGGCUGGGGCACCACGGCUUUAGUGAGCAGCUCUGCCAACCUCAUUCCCCUGGAGGGCCUCCCGCCCAUCCUCACCUCCACAGGAGUCAAAGGAGAUUACACUGUGGAGGAGCAGCCCUCUGAGAUGCUGCUCAUUCAGGAGCUGGAGAGCGGCAGACCCAAACCGCUGGUGUUCGUCCUCAAUGCCAAUCUACUCGCUAUGGUCAAGCUGGUCAACUAUGUCAACAGGAAGUGCUGGUGUGUGACGACGAAGGGGAUGCACGCCGUGGGCCAGGUGGAGGUGGUGGUGCUGCUGCAGUGCCUGCCCGAAGAGAAAAGCUUCCCCAAAGACAUCUUCAGCCACUUCAUCCAGCUGUACAGGGACACUCUGUCAGGGAAGGUCGUGAAACACCUGUCGCUGUCCCUGUUCGGCAGCAGAUUCUUAGGCAGCGAGGAGCACGCCGGCUUCCUGUACGUUCGCUCCACCCUGCAGUCCCUUCAAGGUCUACCUCUGCCCAACCAGCCCUACCUCUUUGGCCUGCUGGUCCACAGAGCGGAGGUGGCCUGGGCCAAAGCUUUUCCCCUGCGCCUCAUGCUGCGACUCGGGGCCGAGUACAGAUUCUACCCGUGUCCUCUGUACAGCGUGCGCUUUAGGAAGCCCUUGUUUGGGGAAAUAGGUCACACCAUAAUGAGACUACUAGUGGAUUUUAGGAAUUACCGUUACAGCCUACCAAUGGUGCCGGGGCUCACUGUGGAUCUAGAGGCUCAGAGGACCCUCAUAAAGAUACCGACCACCGGGUAUAACGAGCUAAUGAAGGCUCUGAAUAAGUCCAAUGAGCACGUGCUGGCCAUCGGGGCGUGUUUCAACGAGACUGCAGACUCCCACCUCAUCUGUGUGCAGGCGGACGAUGGCCAGUAUCAGACACAAGCCAUCAGCAUCCACAAUCAGCCACGCAAAGUGACCGGCUCGUGCUUUUUUAUAUUCAGCAGUGCACUGAAAGCCUCUGCAGGAUACCUGGCCAAGUCCAGCAUCGUAGAAGACGGGCUCAUGGUGCAGAUCACCGUGGAAACCAUGGCGGAGCUGCGCCGGUCGCUACGGGAGAUGAAAGACUACACCGUCACCUGCGGACGGCUUGACCAAUCGGAGAGCCAGGAGCUUGUUUGUGUGCAGUGGGUGGAGGAGAAAUGCACUGUGAAUAAGGGCGUCAUAAGUCCCAUCGAUGGGAAAUCAAUGGAGUCUAUCAUCAGUACCAAGAUGUUCCAGAAAUCAGAAUACAAAGAAAACGGGAAGAUCAUCCGCUGGACAGAAGUGUUCUUCCUGCAGAGGGCUGAUCUUCCCAAAGGAGGAGCGAGCGACUCUGCCGAACACAACCGGCUGACGGAGCGCAUCGCCCGGGCGUUCUGCUUGGCGCUGUGUCCGCACCUGAAGCUGCUGAAGGAGGACGGCAUGGCCAAACUGGGGCUGCGCGUCACGUUCGACUCCCAAGAGGUGGGAUUUGUGGCCGGGAGCAACGGGCAGCCGCUGCCAGCUCAGUACCUCAACGCCCUGGACAGCGUGCUGAUCCCCGUCAUCCACAGCAGGGGGCGCAAGAGGGGCGACGAGUCCAUCGUGAUGGAGCUCAUCUUCUACAUCCUGGAGAACAUCACUUAGAGAACGCACGCCCCGACGUCUCAUCCUCGUAACCCCCGGCCACAGCUCCGUCUCCGGCACUCCUCAUCAGUGCGGUUUCAGGCGAAUAAAAGCAUUCCAAGGGCAAAAAAAAAACAAAAAACAAAACAGAAAAUCCGAAGGUCUGCAUCCAUCUCAUCCAUCCACCACUAGAGAGACACGAUCAGACUCUUAUUGGCUUUCUGAUCUACUCGGCCGCAGACAAUCUGCAUGAAACCUACGACGGACCACGAGAUCAGCGUGCAGCUCUUUGCACUGUAGUAGCAACUCCAUAGCUUGAUUAUCAUUCAUGUCACAAUGUUCAAUACCUGUUCCUAUACAGAAGAAUACCUUUAAAGCGGGAGCUGGCUUCGGCCCCGCGACCUUAAAAGCAAAGAGAAAAAGAGAAUGACUUGAAGUACUGUAUGUAGUAGAUCUGUAGCGGUUUGAUGCACACUGAAUGAAUGCCUAAAGAAUGUUUUCAUACUGGAUGUAUUUUAAUCGACUGCUCAUGAAAUGUAAUGUCAGCUUGGAAUUAAACUUGCAACAAGACUGAG